UUAGUUCCUCUCUCUUGAUCCCCAUUUGAGUCCGCGAGUUAAUCUUUUACUCAUCUUUGAACUGGCAAAUUGUCGUCUUCGCCAGGAAAUUUCAUACAUAUCUGUCAAUGGGGUACGUACAGGAGGCUCGCGAGAAUCAUGUGAAGAAGAAAGUAGAAGAAGCUUUACGAAGUAAAAUGAAGCAGAAGGCGUUAAAGGAAUGCGAUCAUUACACUUCAAAAUACGCUCAGUGUGCGGCUGGAAGAACAAUUUCUGUUGUAUGGCAAUGUCGAAAGCAAGCUAAAGAAUUAAAUGAUUGCCUUCAUCAAUUCACCAAUGAUGUCGUCUUGGAAGAAAUGAAGAGAGAUUACAUGCUCCACGAAGAGAGAAAAAGCUCGGGAACAGUCUGACUUCGUCGACCAUCACGGUCGUUUAACUGCCUCUAAUUUAUACUGCCAGUUAAAACUCUCUCUAGGGUUGCCUCUUCUUAUGCAACUGUGCUAUGUCUUCACAUAAUGGCUUCACAUAUUUUUUCAGUUAAGUUGCAUAUUUGUUUCGGGCACUGCUGCGAGCAGGCAUCCUCGUCAAAUGGCUUUAUUUUUAAGGGGAAUUGUUAGACCUACCACUUCAUUCAAUUAUGAUGAACACUUUUGUAAAAGAAACCUCAACCAAUAGUUCGAGGAAAGUACAUUGAAAGGUACAAUCCUUUCGAAAUUUCAAGCUUCGCUAUGAGUUCCUAAGAAUCUCAUCUGUCAUUUUUGUGUCUUCUUUGAUCGGAUUGGAAGUUUUUAUUCUGGAUUUGUUUUAUAGGGAUAACUUUUUAUGA